AUGGAUGAUAUAAAUUCGACAUCACUUAGUUUCAUUCCAGGCUGGCUAAAAAUAAUCCUAGAGGAAAGUGAUGAAGAAGCGAAAGAAAUGAGCUCGCCAUGGGGUUUCAAAAUGCUUGGAAAAACAUUACGGAAAAUUAUAUGGAAUAUGUGUUCUAUGAUGGCCAUUGAAACCAAAGGAGUGCCUGGUCAAGCUUGUCGGCUGGUGGAGCGUAGUAUCGUUGCACGCAUCAAGGAGAGUGGAAAUAUAAGUGGAACUGAGUGGGACCAUUUUAAACGGCAUCUAGCGAUUCGUAUACCUCUGAUAAUGGCUUCUGCAGUUCAGAUAGCUGCCAAAAUGUCACACGCCUCGGAGUCAAUAAAAGCGAGCGUAAUACAAAGGGUCCUUCAGAUACGAGGAUCAAACUAUUCAAUAGAAGAGAUUAAUCAAUCAGAAUGCGAAGUGCUUAAAAACUUAGAUUUCCGUGUGCCGAUAUGGACGAGCGUCGAAGUGGCUACGCUUUUGGCCACCGAGGUCGGUAUGACGAGCGAAAUGAUUUCCGGCGUCGAAUUGAUGGUUGACUUGGCCGAGUUCAACCGUUUCAAAUUAGAAAACGACAUGUGCAUCACCGCGACCCCGUCCAACUCGUCAUGUUUAAUGAAGAAACGUUUGCGCACACUACACCUGACGGCGGGCGCAGUGAUGGCCACAGUACAAUAUUACGAAUUGACCGGGCUGGAUCCGGUCGGUAAGUUAGCUAGUAUUACACGGGUACCGGCGACGUUUAUCACGUGCAUCGCCGAUUUUAUCAUAAAGUAUUUGGAUGAGGAAGAUCUGCCGUACCUCCCUAUGCCGCGAAAGCGAAAAUUUAGUGAAGUGUGAUUUUUAGUUCGUGAUGUCGCGACUCGCUAAGUACUAACGGUAGAUACGUCGUAGAGUGCAACUUGAUUAUAUAAGCAACACUACGGCAA